AGUGAUACCCAGGCACUCAGCAGAAGCAAUAGGACCGGCAGGAGCAGCAGCUGCAGCCCAUACCAUGGCAAAUGAAGUGAAAGUCAUCCUCUUGCCUCUGAAAGGGGGCCAUCCUCCUGCAGUCAAAGCCGGAAGAAUGCGAGUUUCCAAAAAACAAGAAACUGCAGUUGUGGAGAGAAAUGCCAAAAAGGGGGGACUAGAGAAGACUAGUGCUCUUGCCAAUGUUGCUAAAAUGCAAAGUAUGGUUAUAUUGAAUGAUACUCUAGAGAAGAUCAGCCACAAAUUUCCAGCGGCAGUCCAAGUGGCUCAUCAGAAACCAAGACCUGGCCUGGAAAAGACUGUCCCACCAAAAAAGAUCUAUAUCAUUCAACAGCCUCGCAAAUGCUGAGCUGUGAAGUAUAAUACAGAUGUCUCUCUGACAGCAUGAAGCAUUUGUUCCCAAAGAUCAUAUCUAUCUCACUUUUUAACAAUGACAUUUUCCACAGAUUUAAGUAUACAAGUUUGUUUAAAAAAGUGUUUUUUGGAACUACCUUUUAACUUUGGACAACAAAGUAUUUGCGAAUGUAAAUCCAGUGCUUUUUUUUGUGCUUUGGGUUAUGUCAUAGUUUUGUACUCUAAUAAAACU